AGAAAAUAAAUUUAAAAAAAAAUAUAACCUAAAAUAAAAACAUUUCUUAAUUUAUUUCUGUCUUGUCUUUUAAAUUUCUAUGAAUGAAAUUAGCAAAUUAAAUAUAAUUUAUAACUAAGACUCAAUUGAUAUUUUAAACAUGAAUCAAGCUGAUGUUACAAAAUUAGUUUCCAAACUUCGAUUUCCUGUACAUCCAGAACGUCGCAGGCUCAGGAAUCCAAAAGGUCCAGAAGGAAGAAUAGAUAAAUUGCGUAAAACCGUAACCGGUUUAAUCAAAUACGAGAGAAUCGAACUAAAUCAUAACAGAGCCGAUGAGGCCCGGCAGUAUGCAGAACGGCUUAUAUCAGAAGCAAUUCGACAUGGAGACUGUCAUAAACCAACAAUGGAUAUUGCAGAUUACUGGCUGCUAGAAAAGGAACUUGUGCACAAACUUUUUAAAGUUCUCGUACCUAGAUAUGAGGAAUUCGGCACUUGCUAUACAAACUUGUUGAAGGCACCCCGACCUGAGUACACUCGUAAUAUUGAAAAAGUUGUUCUGGAAUUAAAAGGGAACCCAUAUCCAGCACUUCGUAAUAAACAGUCUAACAAUAAGCUUUUGAUCCAGAAUGUACUGCUCGAUGCAGCCAAAUAUGACUAUAGACAAUCCAAAUAUGCGGAGAUGGCUGAUAAAAUUGGCAAAGGAGAAGCAACUAUUGAUAAAGAAAAAGAGAAUGCUGCAGAAAGCCCUGCCCAAAGUUAAUUUUUUAAUAAUAUUUUAGUAUUGAAGUAGAUGUAAGAAAUAAAUUAAUUUAGAUGUUC